AUGCAUAUUAAGUACGUUGUCAUGACCCUGCCUGCCCUUGACAAAACCUGUUUGCCAGGGCUGGAGAAGGUAGGUGGCGACCUUGUUGACUCGUUCUAUUUACCUUCCGCUCGUUAUUUUGAGCUUUUCGGGCCCCAGAAGGCCCCGUGUGGGUCGCCGGGCCACCGAGGUGCAGGCUCGCAGUCGGCAGACAACACAAAGUAUGAUGGACUCAGAAGCCGAUACUGGAGUCAACUUGCCAGGAAACCACAAGAACUGGCUGCCAUUCUUUUGAUGACCAAUACUCAGGCCGACAACGCAGCCGCCCGCAUCAAGUCAAUUUCUAGUCGUCGCAAGACCGUCGCCCUUGGGAUACGUCGCCGGGCCACCGAGGCCGUCAACGAAUACCGUGCUCAUCGCUUUGUCUCUCUUCGCUCGGAUUUGGAGAUCAGGCUGACCAGGAAAGCAGAGGACUAUCGAUUGAGGGUGCAACAGCUGGAAUCCUCCCAAGCCAGGAAACUGCAACAGCAGAAAGAAACAGAGGCACUCCAUCAACAACACCAAGCCAGGAGACUGCAGCAGAAAGAGGAAAAGGAAGCACUCCGUCAACAACACCAAGCCAGGAGACUGCAGCAGAAAAAGGACAAGGAAGCACUCCGUCAACAACACCGCUUGGUCGUCGCUCGCCUAAAAGAGAUCCUAUCCAGCCUCAAGGAAACGAAACCACGAUACAAACCAGCCUUUGACACAGAUGCUAGCUUUCCUUUGCAAGAACGCCAUCAAGUCCAACCACCGCCUGUACCAGGACCCCCGACCACACAGAUCGGCCCCCUUUGCCUGUCUCCAGUAGAGGCGGCGUCCAUGCGCGUAGUUCAGGACACACACGUCGACAACUCCACCCCUCGCGUCCUGUACUCUGACGGAUCUCUUCUGAACUCGGGAACGCUAGAAGUAUCCCAGGCCUUUGGAGUGGUGGAUCUCACUCAGGACAACCCUCUGACAGUACAAGGACGAACGGACGGUCACGCAUCCUCGGCUAAGGCCGAGCUCAUGGGCUUAUUAGCCGCAGUCCUGUCAGCACCACCGGAACAGGACAUUGUGGUCAAGCUGGACAAUCAGUCAGUGGUGGAUCAGUAUAGUCGCCUGGUGAAGAAUCGUCGGGACACCUUACCGAGGAAGCGAUUCAGGAGUACAUAUGCGGGUAUCUGGGCGGUGCUUUGUCAGGUUGUGGAAUCUCGGCCAGGCGGGGUUGAGGUGGUGUGGAUCAAAGGUCACAGCAACAUCCACGGAAACGAACUUGCGGAUCAGGCGGCGAAGGUGGCAGCACAGAGUGGUUCAGUGCCCUGGAUGGUGGAUCUCACUCAACAGACGGAUAUCACGACCUUUGCACAUUGUUACGGCGGGAUUGUUGAAAUCGAUCUACGUCAGCUCCUCAAACAACAAUCGACAAUCCGUCACCAUCAGGCCUGGACGUCACAGAGGCGGGUCAAGAGGGCGAUCCCUGACAUCGAGGACGUGGAAUGGAACUCGACCUUGGCUUAUGUCCACGACAGGCACGCAGUCUUCACCUUUUACAGCAACAGCAAGGACUCCCAUCAAAGAACACAUCACAUCAAAAAGCUGCAUGGAAUGCUGCCCACUCUGAACUCCAUGCAGGCUCGCAAGCCCAACCUGUACCCAACAUGCGUGUGCCGACGAUGCGAGCUCGAGAAGGAGGAUAACGAUCACGUCUGGAAAUGCCCUUCGGCAGCUGAGACCACCACUGAGAUCUGGAAGGAGGCCAUGGGCAAGAUUAAUGAGUGGGGUGUGCAGGCCACAAACAGCUACAACGCAGCCAGGAAGCGGGAAUACAAACGCGCGGUGGACAGAGGUCGUCAGGUACCGAGGCCAGUACCCAUACACUGGUGGCCCCCUUCGGAUGCAGAUCAUGUACGAGGAUUUUCCUCCAUCGGUGGAGCUCGAGCCGUGCACAGCGGUAGUCCAGCUCUCGAUCGAGACGAGAAACCGAUGUGGAAUGUGUCGGAUCUCCUCCGCGGCAUCACCCCCUUGAGCAUGUUGACUGAAUGGUCCGCGGUCUUCCGGACCCCAAUGUCCAUCGCCAAGACAGUCCUUCACAAGUUUGUUGGCUACCUGGAGGCGCAGGCCUCGGAGCUGAUCUGGAAACCUCGGUGCUCCGCGACGAUCGCGUGGGAGCAGACCCAGGGCAUCUCUGCCAAGGACAAGACAUCCAAGUACACAGGCCCCCGAGAGGUGCAGGCUCGCAAGCCCACCACUGAGAUCUGGAAGGAGACCGUGGGCAAGAUUAACGAGUGGGGUGUGCAGGCGACAAACAGCUACAACGCAGCCAGAAAGCGGGAAUACAAACGCGCGGUGGACAGGGGUCGUCAGGUACCGAGGCCAGUACCCAUACACUGGUGGCCCCCUUCGGAUGCGGAUCAUGUACGAGGAUUUUCCUCCAUCGGUGGAGCUCGAGCCGUGCACAGCGGUAGUCCUGCUCCCGAUCGAGACGAAAGCCCGAUGUGGAACGUGUCGAACCUCCUCCGAGGCAUCACUCCCAUAAGCAUGUUGACUGAAUGGUCCGCGGUCUUCCGGACCCUAAUGUCCAUCGCCAAGACGGUUCUUCACAAGUUUGUUGGCUACCAGGAGGCACAGGCCUCGGAGCUGAUCUGGAAACCUCAGUGCUCCGCGACGAUCGCGUGGGAGCAGACCCAGGGUAUCUCUGCCAAGGACAAGAUAUCCAAGUACACAGGCCCCCGAGGUGACUGGAGUCAAGGAUACGGUUACAUCACACACGAUGGUCUCUGCCCGUGUGGCGCUUCGCUAGCCACACAUGAUGAAGGAAGGUGCCCUGGAGCGACCAAGGACCCACGCGCUGCUGACGAGCGGUUGUUGGAGUGUUUGUUAGGAAGGAGGAGGUUGCCAAUUAUGGAGAGGAUGGGAAGAAUCCCCUUCAUUCGUAUCUAG